UUUUUUUUGUUUUGUAUAAUCGAAGAAUUGUUCCAAAUGUUUAUUUACUGCUAGAUUACCACAACUAUUAUGCUUUGUAAUUCGCUAACAGACAAUGUCUUCCGAUCCACCUUUACGAUACGGUAAUUACAAUUGAUCCGUGAGCUACGAUUCUUCAACGCAUGAUCCAAUUCCAUCGACGACGACGACGAUAUAUGAUAAUUUCAACGACGAGAUGAUACCAGUCUAUAUACGUUCAUCCGAUUCACGAGACCUGCAAUUCCGACAGAUGCAGAUGAUGAUUUUUUGUUUCCAAGGUCAUCACCGUAUUUUUAAGAAUGUUUAAAAGGUGUUUAUUUAUGUUUUCUCCCUUGGCUUUCUCGAUGCCGACUCAAACCGAAGUACACGAAGUAAAUAUCUCAUUCGAGCUGUCCGAAUCUCAAGUCCUCUCAGCCAAAGGUCAUCUAAGGCUGAAAUCUCAUCGGACGAUUACACGUCCGAAGUAAAAAAAUAACUCCACAACCGUAUACGGAUUUCAAAACCUUUCCGUGGUUGUUACCACUUGCAACCCUCACGUUCGAUCUUUUUGUCUGCGUGACCUUGAAUAGUCGCCGCUUAAAGUCCUUGUACUUUGGUUGGUGCUUUGAUUGUUCGAUGUCCUUGGAUGUCGGCAGUUGAAGGCCAACUGAUUGCAUCUACCGGCGCGGAUGUCUUUCUUGGCUUCGCAACUUCAAAUUCAUACUUCUGUCUUUCCGUACACGUACUCACAUUCAAUGAAAGUACGGGGGGCAGAAGGGUAUAGCAAUUGUCCGUUGUCACCGGUUUACAUAUUACUAUCCAGUUUUUUCCGUGCUUUCCUUCAAUGGUGAGGCCAUUAAAGCUAAACCUCAGAGGGGCAUAUGUGAUAGUGCAUAUGGCCAACCUGGUGUCAACGUACAAUUAGGGUUUACUACUGUGGUAACACUGCGUCCGUCCUCGUAAGCGGAGCUCCGUCCGAGCUACGUAGAGGAGAACGAGUUAGUCUGCCAGUAACAGUCCAGCAGUACAAGUCUGCUAGUACCAGUCUGUUAAGUCAGUUAAUAGUACUGGCAGCGUGAGUCUGUUCUUAUAGCUAGGAGAGACACCAACGUGUAUCUCCGUGCUCGUUCUCCCUGAUCAAGAGGACAAAGGACAGCUCGCCAUCCGUGUUCGGUUUAAUUACCAACCCAUUAUAAUCUUAAAUGAGUUAAUUUACCCGUUCGCGGGAGUUUUGUUAAUAUACCCCAUCGAGGGAGUUCGGUUAAUGUUUAAAGUACCCCAUCGAGGGAGUAAUUCGUGUUAAUAUACCCUUUAAGGGAGUUUUUAUGUAAAUGUAACGUAAAUAAAUACCUCUUGAGUAACCAAAACCGUAUUUAUUAUCGUAAUAUGCAAUAUUCUAUUUCAUCUGUACUGUGUAUCCUGUGUUAUCCGAGCAAAUAACAGGUAAGUCCACAUAGUGGUAUAAAUAUUCCGUCUAAGUGGUAUUUCUAGUCUUCCCCCCGUAAGUGGUAAUUAUUAUUAUCACAUUGGCGCAGUACUUCUGGGAUAUUAUAUUACAACCUGAUUAGGGGAAUCGUCGUAACGUGGGAACUAUUUCUACAUUAAGCUACUUGACAAUAGGUGUAUUUUACACAUAAAUCAUGUCAAGUAGCAUCUGCCACCCAAAGGGGUGAUCCAAGAUUGUGCGGAUCUCGUGGCAACUCUCUAUGAGAAUUCCGCCACGAUCCUCACUUGUUUUCUAUCGUCUGCAGCGUAAGGUACCAAGUGGCAUUGUGGUCACAUAGUGUCGAAUUUAACGUAAAGUCUCCUGAUGAGACAUCGAACUCGUGUUUAUCCCACUUUUAGCGUGGUAAUUUCAUCUAUUUGUUUAAUCAUUCGCCGAUCGAGUAAUUAACGUAAUUACUUUCUGUAUCGUCUGCGUUUACCUAUUUAUCUCCUUUUUGCGGCUACUGAGAUGAAUCUAGACAUCUUCAAGUAGAGCGUGCGUUACGUGUGUCUCUUCGUAAAGCAGCCACCGACAGCCACUAUUAUUGGGGUAGGCUAAGGAAAAGAGGUGGUGUGACAGUGAGCAGUUUUAGGUAAGUGUAAGCUUACUUGGUGGUCUCUCAGCCACUAUGUUAAUUAUAACUUUAUCGUAAUUAAUAGAUGAUGUCAAUAGACGUGAGGGAUGGAGCAUGGAUUCCUCACUCACGUCAUUAGGAACUCAUAUCGCAUACAUAGUCGUAGUAAGAUACUUGACUAGUAAGGUCUCAAUUCCAUGUUUAAUUGUCAUGAUUCGCCAGGACCAGUACCUUAAGUACUAGCCUAUUUGUUUAGAUAGAGCACAUACAACGAAUUAAUAACAUAUAACGAUGUGUUAUGUAUGUAGUCUAUGUAGUGAAUAUCUUCUCAAAAUAAACCUUAUGUACAUAAAUAAUAUUUAAAUGUUGAUUAUUUAUGCACACUUGAUGACUUAGAAAUCAGUUUGAUCAUCCAAGAGAACUCCCAUCUGAGCUAGCUAGGAGUCGGAUAAAUGUCCCCCCUUAGGUGAUAUUUAUGAGAUUAAUUACCAACACAGUCGUGCCUAAAAGCAUCCAUUUCGCCGAUCAUUCUCACUUCUAAGAUAACAAAUUCAAAUGCGAUAAUGGGCAAUGCGUUGAUAAAUCAUUCCUUUGCGAUGGGAUACUGGAUUGCGAAGAUAAUUCGGAUGAAGCACGUCACCAUUGUUCGAAUACAACAUGUAAAGAAAAAUUUUUCCAAUGCGAAUAUGGCGGAUGCAUCGAAGAAAAAUAUCGAUGCGAUGGUUUGAAACAAUGUUACGAUGGUUCGGAUGAAUUGGCACAGAUGUGUAAUGCAACUGUUCACGAAGAUAAAAAAACUGAAUCAGGAAUUAAUAAUGAAACGUGCACCAUACCGGGCCCACUUGUUGGUAAAACCAUCUCAUAUCAGCGAAAACAGCAGCCGAUAUCAUGCGUAGAAAAUGGAGUAGUUCAAGAAUUCACUAUUGCUAACAGCAAGUGCAAUUCUGGUUAUUUUCCAAUUGAUGAAAAAAAUUCAAAUUCCGUUUGCUUCGAAGGAAAUUGGAUACCUCCGAUUAAAAAUUGUACAAAAAGAUGCGAAAAAUUGGCUCCAAUGGACGCGAACGUUGACCUGAGAUGCUACCAUAAUGGAUUAAAAAUUCCUUGCAACGUAGACUCGCUACUUCCUGGAACAAAAGUACGCCCAAAAUGCAUGCCUUACCACACCUAUUCGGAUUACCGCCCUAGUUACGCUGAAAUUACUUGUGACGACGAAGGAAAAUGGGACAAUCCUUUAUUUUUCUGUGCCCUAGACUGCAAACACCCUCCUCCAAUCAAUCCUGGUGGAGCCGCACGGGGACUUAUUGAAUGUGUUGGCUCUCCUUGGCAUGUAGCAAUUUUCAAUCGAGAUCAUUUACUCAUUUGUGGAGGUACAAUUAUUCAUCCUAGACUAGUUGUAUCAGCUGCUCAUUGUUUUUAUAAUGAGGACACAGGCAGAACACAUAACUUUACCGAUUACGAAAUCGUUGUCAGCAAAUUCACGAGAAGUUAUUCCGUGUCAGAUAACGAAAAUCAAAAACCAUAUGAGAUUAAAGAAAUACGCCUUUCUGGAAAAGGUUACAUGGGCUUGAAAAACUAUUUUACCGCAGAUAUCGCAAUUUUAAUCCUCGAACGAAACAUCACCUCCAAUCCAACGGUUCUACCAGCUCAUAUUGAUUGGCAAAGCUUGGUAUUGGGCGAAUAUCCACCAGAAGGAACACUUGGAAAAGUUGCAGGAUGGGGACUUGAUGAGAAUGGCAAAUACACCGAAAAAUUAAUGGCUGUCAGUUUACCUUAUAUAAGUCGUGCACGUUGCUUGAUUACGGUCCCUGAUGAUUUCCGAGCGUACAUCUCUUUUGAUAAAUUUUGUGCUGGUUCAGAUAAAGAAGACAGUCCCAGUGUUCUUCAAGGAGACAGUGGAGGAGGUAUAUUUUUUCAAAAAGACGGUAUAUCUUAUCUGCGAGGCAUUGUUAGUGUGAAACAAGCAUCGUUGACACCGAUUGCAGCAUUCACCGAUUUAUCGGAUCAUGCCCUAUGGAUUUUAUCAGUAAUUAAUGAAAUAGAAAAAGGAUCAAUCGAUGAAAAAAUUAACUCUGUGUUUCUUCGGAAAAACCCGAAGUUGGAGUGAGAUACCUAUUAGACUUUGUACAUCAUUUUUGCAAUUUUUAUAUCUAUGUAUGUAUAACUUAUGUUUUUUCGUAUUUUUCCCCCCGAUAAUAAAAUAUUUAUUACGUUGUCA